AUGGCGAACGGGCGGGUGCUCGCAGCAGUGCUGGGGUUGCGGCUGCUGCUGCUGCUGCUGCUGCUGGUAUCCGCGCUGCCCCAGGUCCUGGGUGACAGCGCCAGCCCCGAGCGCCGGGUACACGCAGGGGACGCUGUCCGGCUGGGCCCCGGGAGCUCGGGAGCCCGGCGGCCGCCUCUCCAGGAGCAGCGCGAGCGGGCCCGGGCCGGGGCGCUGCCGUGGGGGUCGCUGUACACCGCGGCUGUGGUGGCUUUUGUGCUGUACAAGUGUCUGCAGCAGGGGAAGGAUGAGGCUGCCCUGCUCCAGGAGGAGGCAAGCAGGAAGAAGUCAUUCCAGUCAGACCAGGAGCUGAUCCGGCUCACACAGCAGCUGGCCCAGACAGAACAGCACCUGAAUAAUCUGAUGGCCCAGUUGGACCCCCUGUUUGAUCGUGUGACCACGCUGGCCGGAGCCCAGAAGGAGCUGCUGGACUUGAAGCUACAGACCAUCCACCGGCUCCUAGGAGAGAGGAAGCCAAGCCAGGGUGCAGAGGUCACAGAAACAGAGACCAGCCUCCCUUUUCCUGAGGACUUGGAAAUAGACAAGGCUGAGGAGACUGGUGGCACUCCUGCCUGGGAAGAGCCCCUAAACUGGAGCCCAGAGAUGAGGAACCUCACUGCCCAGUGCCACACGGAACAGGGGCUGAGAAGAAGAUGCAACAAGGCUGUUGUGAGGGGCCCCAGCUGUAGCCCCUGCGGGGAAGGUGGGGUCAGAGCAGAAGGUUUAGUAAAACAAAGUCUGUUCUCGUGACUGAACUCUCAUAUCUGCUUUGCCCCAUUGCAGCUGGUCACACAGACCCAUACUAGGUGCCUCAGAACCACCGGGCC